AACUGUAUGAGCGUUUACGAGUUGCCUAUAUUCAGGUACAUUAGACAAUUCCUCCGUAGACAAUUCCACGGAGUAGUAGGAAGGAGACAACAUUUCCCCAGUUUUGAGGUAACACAAAAAAAGUUGACUAAAGGCAAUUGAAGCGCCUCUGACGAAAAAAGUGAAAUUUUCGCUAUAAAAUGUAAAAAAAAUAAGGGUGGUGAUCGUAACCUAUAAACCCUCAUGCUAUAAAAAUACUCCGUAAUUUCGUAAGAUACGCAUUUGAAGUGAAAACCAGUUAAAACCGAGUAAUUGCUUUUCCAACCUCAACCGAAAUUAACUACGACGAAAAAGUAGCAAACGGCGAAUCGCUAGAUCUUGGGGCGAAGGGGGGAGAGUGCCAUACGGCCUUACACUGCAAGAGGCGCUGGAAUCGCCGUGGUUUUGCCCCUGCAAAAGUGUGUCUCUUUCCUAGCAGUUGUACUGAUUGUUACGGAUAUAAAUCCGUGCACGCGUGUCACGCGUGUGAAGGUUGGAGGUUACGAAAUAGAAACGUAAACACUCGACUGUCAUUUCGAGCACAGUUUUGAGAUUGGAAAAAUUACGACUUGUGAUUGAAAAAUGAGUGAAAAACGCGUUCACCAACCGGUAGUUCGUUACAAGGGAUACGAGGCAAAUAACGAGUGGACUAAUGAUGAAAAAGUGCUCUUAUUAAAGGGUUUAAAGAAAUACGGACAUAAAGAUAUUUCGAGUAUAGCUAAAUUGGUGCCAAGCAAAUCCCCGGUUGCAGUGAAAACGAUGAUUCUCAACACAAUGAUGGCUGCACGUCGUUCUACCAAACCAGGGAGAACACCACCUAUAAAUAUGUGGCUAGAACGAACGUCGCUUGAUGAUACAAACUCGCUGAUUCCCCAGGCCUUGCAAUUCAUAUCGUUGUUCGAGAGACACCCUGCUGCUGCAAAUUGUGGUGGCUGUGAUCUCAGAGCUGCCUACGACUACGUUUCUCGCAUGACACGCAACCAACCUACUGCUGAGCUGUCAACAAAUACUAGAAGAAUUAUUUUUAAAGCUAUUUCAAAGACGGUCAGCAAAAUGAGAUUAAGCAGUCCUGAGAGCUUAUUCCAGGCUAUUAAUAACGUAAACAAAACAGCCUUGCAAAAGGAUUACACUCACAAUACCAAAACGCAACAUAACGCUGGACCUCACAAAGUGCUACAAGAGUUGAACACAUUCAUGGUACCAACUGUGCAGCUUCGCAAGCCUUGAUUUCAUUUCAAUCAAGGUCUAAACUAUCAUGGGUAGUUAUUUCUAUUAUCUAAGACUAUUUUCUCUUGUAAGGUGUAACUC